AUGGAGAUCAACAGGACCGCGGGGGCCCGGCUGGCCGGCGGAGUCGCCGGCGAGGAGGAGAGCGGCCCUGAGGUGGAUCAGGUGGUUCCCGCCUUGCACAGAACCAAGUUCAGAGGGGUAAGGUCAGCCCCGCAAGAAGCAUUCCCUCGACUGGACCCCCCGCCCCCCAUCGCCAGGAAGCGAACCCCUCGGGCCCUGAAGACCACGCAGGACAUGCUGAUUUCAUCACAGCCCGUCCUAAGCAGCCUGGAGCAUGGGACAGAGCUGUGUCCUGGGCAGCCCCAGGAUACCCUUCCCCCUGCCCAGCCGGAGCCCCCCGUGGAAAUGGCAGAUAGGGGCGAGGCUCUGCCCAAUGGAGAAGUUUCCCCGUCUGUACCUGACCUGAUUCACCAGGAUGGCCAGGACGAGCCCAAGCUGAAGAUGACUGAGUGCCGAAGGGCCUCGUCCCCUGGCCUCCUCGAGAGGAACGGCCUCGGACUCAGCCCCAUCCACCUGGCCCCGCCACUGGGGGCAGGCAGCCCCCCUCCUCGGGCACGGACCUCCAGCCUUGACAAUGACGGCCGGCACCCAGACCUGCUCUCCUUUGAGUAG